ACGGCCGGUGGCGCGGGGCGGCGGUGCCGCCGCCAUGCUGAGCGCCACGGCCCCCUUCCUCCGCCCGCGCGGACGGGCCUGGCCCGAGCGCCCGGCCGGCGGCCGCAGCCCGCGGGAGCAGCGCGCGCAGGUGGCGGCCGUUAGCGCCGCUCGCGCUGCUCGCGCUCGCUCCUCAGCGCCCGAGGAGCGGCGGCGGAGGGUGGCCCCGCUGGCGGCGGCGGCCCCGCCGGCUGAGGCGGGAGAGGAGCCGCUCCUCAGGGGCAUCUUCGAGAUCAGCAAGAGGAGCUGCGACGUGGUGCUGAGCGCCCGACGGCUCCGCUGGAGCCCCAUCCUGCCCGAGAGUCCCACAGGUGAUUCCAGUAUGGUUUUACAGGCUCAGGAGGAGAUAAUUGAAAUGAAAGAUGUAUUUUCAGUAAAACUGAAACGUCGUCGUUUUGUAGGACAGAAAAAAGGUGGUACUUUGUUGGGUAUCACGAUUUUUAAAUGCUUGAAUAAAGAAGAGAAUAAACUAACAGACUGUGCUAUCCAUUUAAAUAACUUAAGUGAAGAUCAUUGUCAUUCGUGGUUUAGACAUCUGAAGGAAAUUUUGAAUGGCUUUCAAAAUAGACCAAAAUCCUUAAAAGUGUUUGUUAAUCCAAGCAGCCACAAAAGAGAAGCCACUCAUGUUUAUUAUGAAAAAGUUGCACCUCUUUUUAAGCUUGCUGACAUCAAAACUGAUGUCACAGUAACUGAAUAUGAAGGACAUGCUCUCUUGGUACUUAAAGAAUGUGAACUCCAGGCAUUUGAUGGGGUAGUUUGUGUCGGUGGGGAUGGAUCUGUCAGUGAGGUUGCUCAUGGUCUACUACUGAAAGCCCAGAUAGAUGCUGGAAAAGACACAGACUAUAUACCAAUGCCUGUCAGAGCACCGGUUCCUCUUGGAGUAAUACCAGCAGGUACUACUAAUAUCUUGGCCCACACUCUCUAUGGUAUUAAGCAUGCAGUGACUGCAGCAUUGCACAUUAUAAUGGGACAUAUUCAACCAGUAGAUGUCUGUACUUUCAGUACCCCCAGCAAGCUUUUGCGGUUUGGGUUUUCAGCUAUGUUUGGUUUUGGUGCAAGGACUCUAGCUUUGGCUGAAAAACACCGUUGGAUGCCCUCCAAUCAGCGGAAGGAUUUUGCUUUUAUCAAAACACUGGCAGAUCUCAAGCCAGAGGAAUGUGAAUUAUCAUUUCUACCUCUACAAAUUCCACAGGAAGAGUCUCAUGAGAAUGACAGAAAGAAGAAGGAGAAAAUUAAAAAAAAGGGUAGCAAGGAUCAAUGGCACAAAAUUCAGGGUCACUUCCUGAAUGUCAGCAUUAUGGCAAUCCCUUGUCUGUGUUCAAUGGCACCACGAGGCUUGGCACCUAAUACGAGCCAGCAAAAAUGAAGUAUGAAUCUUUCUCCUGUCAUGAAGAACUGAAAUUCACACUUCUGUCUUUUGUUGUCGUUUUUGUUUGGUUGGAUUGGGGUUUUUUGUUUGUUUGUUUUCCUGACCUUGGGAAUUACAGUUUAUGCCUAUAGGGUUUUGGAAAACAAAUGGGUAUGUAAUCUGGUUGUUGACAUUGACUCAUGUUGCCUUUAGCUCAUUGUUGAGAGCAUGCUUUGUUGUGGUCAAAACGGUUAUCAGGUGAUAAAUAUUUAUACUUGAUGUAUCCAGUUGAGGAUUAAGCAGAGUAACAAGUACAAACUUUGUAGUUGUAUGUGAAAUACAACGUGAUCCCUCAAAAAAGAAUGCAGAAACUCAUAUAUGUGUGUGUGUGUCUAUUAAAAAAACCCAACACUCAGGGAAGUUUAUGGAAUGAAUCUGUUUUGUUUAGUUUGAUUAUUAUUAAGUGAAAAUAGAUGUGCCUUAGAAUUGAUCAGGUAUUUUUCUUCAAAUUACUGGUGGAUCUGGUAGAAUUUGACUUCUUGGAAACAAUAUAGAAACAAAUGUUUUUGAUGAAACUCUUAUUGAGAAGUUUUCUUUGCUACAGAGGUCCUGCUAAGCCUCAUACAACUCAAGAUAGUGCCCUGAUACUGUCCCCUCAGGAACUUACUGUUCAGCCUUUAGCGUGUUACAUACCAGUCAGUAGAAAGAUUCUGACAAGAAUUGAAGAAAUUGGUCUUUUUUAGCUUUGCUUUCUCUUUCCAUCUGUUCUGGCACUUGUUUCUCAGUGACAGGGAAUUUUAUGACAACUCCAUGCAAUUAUUGCAGGUUUGAAGGAGCCUGUUUCUCAUACAGUGUAGUUGCUCUGUAGAUCCCCCUAUCUUUUCAUAUAAGGACACACUUUUUUCCCCCUCUUUUUAAAAAUAACCUUAGGUGUGCAGUCAGCUGUAGUAGGGUAAGAAAGAGUAGACUCUUCAGACAGGUGCUUCGUUUCUCAUAGUGUAUAGUAUCUUGGCUGUAAGGCUUUUCAACAGUGGAAAUCUAAAUGUUGCACUAAUUAUUAUUAGAGACUCAAGACCCAUUAUGGAAGCAUCAGCUAAACUGAGCUAGGUUUCUUCACUCUG